ACGGACGAACACGUCUUACGGUAUUGCAUGCUGGGUAAAAAUCUUUCUCUUCCCUUCUGUCCGCCAUCUUGGCGAAAGCUUCAAGAUGGGUGCGUACAAGUAUGUACAAGAAUUAUGGCGGAAGAAGCAGUCGGACGUGAUGCGGUUUCUUCUCCGCGUCCGCUGCUGGCAGUACCGGAACCUGUCAGCGAUCCAUCGCGCCCCCCGCCCCACACGCCCGGAGAAGGCCCACAGGCUGGGAUACAAGGCCAAGCAAGGGUACGUUAUCUACCGUGUGCGUCUGCGCCGUGGUGGCCGUAAGAAGCCCGUGCCCAAGGGAGCCACGUACGGAAAGCCUGUCCACCAGGGAGUCAACCAAAUGAAGUUUGCCAGGAACCUUCGAUCUGUUGCUGAGGAGAGAGUUGGCCGUGCGUGUGGUGCCCUGCGUGUGAUGAACAGCUACUGGGUGGGCCAGGACUCAACCUAUAAAUUCUUUGAGGUUAUCUUGGUGGAUCCAUUCCAUAAAACUGUACGUCACGACCCAGAAGUCCAGUGGAUCUGCAAGCCGGUGAUGAAGCACCGCGAGCUGCGCGGCCUGACGUCGGCCGGCAAGAGUUCCCGCGGCCUGGGCAAGGGGCACUUCCACCACAAGACAAAGGGCGGGUCCUGGAGGGCCUCGUGGAAGCGGCGCAACACCCUGUCGCUCCGCCGAUACCGCUAGAAUUGAACACCAACCAGAUUGUAUUAUCUGUAACAUUUUGGGUGAACUAUUAAAGAUGCACCUUCAUACUGAG